AUGAAAGAGGAAGAAACAGUGAAGCAAUACUCAGACAGAAUCAUGGUUGUAGUGAACAGUAUAAGGCUACUUGGAGAACAGUUUAGUGAAGCAAGAAUUGCGGAGAAGGUGAUCUCAACCUUGCUUGAAAGUUAUGAGGCAAAGAUAUCAUCCCUUGAAGACUCAAGAGACUUGACUAGCAUCUCAUUGAUAGAGCUGAUCAAUGCUCUUUAUGCUCAAAAGCAAAGGAGAGCAAGUAGACUGGAGGAGCAUCAAGAAGGUGCCUUCCAAGCCAAAACCAGACCAACUCAAACUCAUCUACCUACAAGGGGAAGUAAACCUAGAAAGACAAGCCUAGAACAAAAUGGUGAAAGAAGAUAUCCACCGUGCCCAUCCUGUAGGAGGAUGGGCCAUGCAGACAAAGUUUGCAAAAACAAAGGCAAACAGAGGCCAAAUCAACCUCAACAGCCAAGAGCUGAAGCUCGAGUAGCAGAAGAAAGCAGUGACCAAGAAGAGCAAGUCUUUGCAGUUUCUUGCUCAGCUACCAAAAGAAAAGACAUAAAAGGAUGGCUAAUUGACAGUGAUUGUACAAACCACAUGACCCCUGAUGCUGGCAUUUUUAAGACAAUUGACAGAAGUUUCAAAACAAAUGUGAAGGUUGGAAAUGGACACAUCAUCAAAGCAGAAGGCAAGGACUACCUAAUUAGUGACGUAAAUGGAUCCAAACUCAUGACAGUGACCAUGGCUGACAAGAGCUUUGUUGUGGAUUGGAAUAAGAGCUCAGACAGUGCCUACAUAGCUGUUCAAGAUGAAUCCAAGCUUUGGCACAAAAGACUUGGCCAUGUUAAAUAUAACUCAAUGACUCAACUAACUAAAGAAGAUUUGGUUGAAAACUUCACUAACUCAGUUGAAAAAGAAUAA